AUCGCAGUGCUGGAGCCUGAAUUUCUCCGCGAAUCGAGCCGCUUUCUCUUGGUUCCUCGGUUGGAUUCCGGUUGUGGGAUCUUCGCCGACGGCCAGGAACACCGUUUGUCAGCGUUCAGGACAAAGUCUUGCCAGUUUUCUACAAGAUGUCUUCAGCUCAAGAUCCAUUUUACAUCGUGAAAGAGGAGGUUCAAGAAUCUAUUGAUAAGUUGCAAUCUACUUUUCACCACUGGGAACGUGUACCUUCGGAUGAUGGAGAGCGUGCACAUCUUACCAAGGAGCUAUUGGCUAAUUGUGAGAGCAUUGAGUGGCAGGUGGAUGAGUUGGACAAAACAGUUGCUGUUGCUGCAAAAGAUCCUGCCCUGUAUGGAAUUACUGAAGUUGAGCUCGAUAAACGAAGGAGGUGGACCUCCUCUGCUCGAGCUGAGGUUGGAGCUGUGAAAAGGGCUGUGAUAGUGGGAAAAGAGAACAACUCGAGCACUGCCAGUGCUAAUGGGAUGCGCCGAGAACUUUUGAGGCUUCCGGACUCCAACCACCCAAGUAGAUCUGAUCAAUAUGUUUCUCGAGAUAACGACGAUUUUAUAGCAUCAGAAUCUGACAGGCAGAUGCUUCUCAUAAAGCGGCAGGAUGAGGAGUUGGAUGAACUGAGUGCAAGUGUUGAGCGAAUAGGAGGAAUUGGGCUUACCAUACACGAUGAGCUCCUUGCCCAGGACCGGAUUAUUGAUGACUUGGGCAAUGAAAUGGAGAGUACAUCGAAUCGUCUCGAUUUUGUCCAGAAAAAAGUUGCCAUGGUCAUGAAGAAGGCUGGUGCAAAGGGGCAAUGUAUGAUGAUACUGUUCUUGUUACUUCUGUUCAUUAUAUUAUUUGUUCUUGUCUUCCUCACCUGAGGCCAAGGGACAAUCGUGUCUGAUGUUUAUACCCCGUGGAAGGGACUUCAUUUUUUUUUUAGUGAACUCUUUUGGAAGAGUUAGAGACGAAAAGAGUGGCAUGUUC